GUGAUCUGGGCACAGGUGGGCGGAGCUAGUGGGCGCACUGCUGGGCACAGGUGGGGCGGAACUUGCGGGUGGCACUGCUGGGCACCGAUCAUCAGGGCACUGAUCAUCAGUGCCCUGAUGAUCGGUGCCGAUCCCCGCUCUGACAACUGCUGGGCCCAUAAGUGACACCCAGCAGUGACCUAGCAGUGCAACCCACCUGUGCCCUGCAGUGCCGCCUAUCAGUGUAGCCUGUCAAUGCCGCCUCUCAGUGCCUCCUAUCAGUGCCACCUCAUUA